AACUUGAGUAAAACCACGAGUGUAACAUAAAGCCAAAAUGUGAGCAGCAUAAACUUUUGUAUUGUAGCUAUUGUCUGGUGCCUCCAUGUUUGAAUUCCAGCUGCUGUUCACAUUUCCCUCUUCCCCAUCCCUGCACCACUCCACCUUAAAUAUCUACAUGUGAAUUCCCAUUUCCCCAUUCCAUCGCUCUCAUUUUUCUCUCCUUAACAAACUCGAAAAAUUCGCCCUUUCUGCUUCGAUUCCCAACAUUCUCUUCACCGACAAUAUGGACUUCAUCAUUUCAUAGUUUAAACCCUAGUUCUAGCUUGAGUUUAGAAAGAGUCAAUGGCCGUGUCGUCGUCGAGGAAAUGGAAAGAACAAAGAGAAAUGAGCCCGGAGAGGAAUAAAAUAUGGACGGAACCUCCAGAUUGUAAGAUCAAAUCUCAAAGAAAAGUUCCUGUUGUUUAUUACCUCUGUCGAAAUGGGCAACUCGAGCACCCCCAUUUCAUGGAGGUUACUCUUUCUUCUUCUGAAGGUCUCUAUCUUAAAGACGUGCUCAACCGUUUAAACUUUCUCCGAGGUAAAGGCAUGGCCGCUAUGUAUUCUUGGUCUUGCAAGCGGAGCUACAAUAAUGGAUUUGUCUGGCAAGACUUAGUUGAGAAUGAUUUUAUCUACCCAGCUCACGGCCAAGAGUACGUUCUCAAAGGGUCGGAACUACCUGAGAACCCAUUUCUCGAAACUGCGUCCCCGCCGCCCGCCGGUGGCCUAGAUUCACGGAGGAUGGAGAGACGGCUGAGAAACCAGUCCUGCAGUUCUAUCGAUUUCAACUUGCAUGAGUACAGUGCAUACAAAGCAGAUUCCUCCGCCAGAGCCGUCGUUGACGGCUCCACUCAAACCGACGACAACCGUCGCCGCCGGCGAUCCAUCAGAGAAGCAGAAGAGAAGAGUAAAGAACAGGAACCGUGCCGGAACCAAAGCAGAGAAGAGAUCGAGAUCUCACCACCACCAUCCGAUUCCAGCCCGGAAACUCUAGAAACAUUAAUGAAAGCCGAUGGUCGAGUGAUCCUACGUCAAGAAACAGUCAACGAAGACCUAGCGGUCAACAACCAAAAAGCCAGAACAUCAUCAUCAGUUCUGAUGCAAUUACUAUCUUGCGGUUCCAAUUCAUUUAAGGAUUGUGGGCCUACCCAGCGGCUGAAUUUGAUUUCUCAGUACAAAAUGAGACUGCCACGUGGCUUGGAAUCGAGCGGGUUAACUGGAGGAAUUGGAAGAGUGAAACUGGAGGAGAAAGAGUACUUCAGUGGGAGCAUAGUGGAGACCAAAAAGGAAGAAUUUCCAGCCCUUAAAAGAUCUUCUUCUUACAAUGCAGAUAGGAGCUCACAGUUGGAACUACAAGAGAGAGAGACGAAGGAAGUGACAGCAAAAUGCAUACCAAGAAAGCCAAAGAACCAUUCUACUAGGAAAGAAGCCAACAAUGACCACUAAAUCUUGCAGAGAGACGAGUCUGGUUUUUUCCUAAAUUAACAAACAUGGGCUUGGUUGUACGAGAAUGCCUUUUUAAGGUUCAACUCUAAAUCUUCACACAAUGUGGUCAUACUUGUUCUACUCCAUAGAGCCCGAAAAUGUGUACUGUAAUUGCCAUACAAAUAAAAUCUGUCUUAUUUUAUUUUA